GAGACCGAGCGAAGGAGGCACCGUCAACCGGUUGCCAAACGGACUCCCAUGAAAAUGCUACAGUCGCUCAACGCUCUGGCGGGUAAAAUCUCGCCAGGCUCCCCCACCGACAGCAACGCCAACAAGGUGCACAUGCAUAAUAACAACAAUAAUAACAACAACGUGCACCACCAUCCCUACUCCAAACAGCAGAUCCAGCCGUCUCCAUCGCACUCGGCCAACGGCGAUCAAAAGGAAAAUACGUGA